AAUGGGACUCCGUCUGCGGACGCAGCGAGCGACGCCGUGGACCCCUCCCACGCGUGCAGUGUCCUCAAGCAGCUCAGAGCCAUGUACGAGGAGGCACAGCUGACGGACAUCGUAGUGGAAGUGGACCAUGGGAAGACCUUCUCCUGCCACAGGAACGUCCUCGCUGCCAUCAGCCCCUACUUCAGAUCCAUGUUCACUAGCGGCCUUACAGAAAGUACCCAGAAAGAAAUUCGAAUAGUUGGUGUUGAAGCUGAAUCAAUGGAUUUAGUACUGAACUAUGCCUACACCUCCAGAGUUGUUCUGACAGAGGCCAAUGUUCAAGCCUUGUUCACUGCCGCUAGCAUCUUCCAGAUCCCAUCUAUCCAGGACCAGUGUGCUCAGUACAUGGUCAGUCAUCUGGACCCACAGAAUUCCAUUGGGGUCUUUAUCUUUGCUGAUCAUUAUGGUCAUCAGGAACUUGGAGACAGAUCGAAAGAAUAUAUUCGUAAAAAGUUUCUGUGUGUCACCAAAGAACAGGAGUUUCUGCAGCUGACAAAAGACCAGCUGAUAAGCAUUCUAGACAGCGACGACCUAAAUGUGGACCGAGAAGAACAUGUGUAUGAAAGCAUUGUGCGGUGGUUUGAACACGAACAGAAUGAACGAGAAUUGCACCUUCCAGAGAUUUUUGCCAAAUGCAUACGUUUUCCUCUGAUGGAAGAUGCCUUUAUAGAGAAAAUUCCACCUCAGUUUGCACAGGCCAUAGCCACAGGCUGUGUGGAAAGGGCACCGUCCAACACCAAUGGCUGCACUCAAAGGCUGGGGAUGACUGCUUCUGAAAUGAUCAUAUGUUUCGAUGCUGCCCACAAACACUCAAUAAAGAAGCAAACAGUGCCUUGUCUGGAUAUUGCCACAGGAAGGGUGUUUAAGCUAUGCAAACCACCGAAUGACCUGAGAGAAGUUGGGAUUCUGGUAUCGCCAGAUAAUGACAUUUACAUUGCAGGAGGGUACAGGCCAAGCAGCAGUGAGGUCUCCAUUGACCACAAGGCAGAAAACGAUUUCUGGAUGUAUGACCAUUCCACCAAUAGAUGGCUGUCCAAACCAUCCUUGCUUCGAGCCAGAAUAGGCUGCAGACUGGUGUACUGCUGUGGUAAAAUGUAUGCAAUUGGAGGUCGCGUUUACGAGGGUGACGGGCGUAACUCCCUGAAGUCCGUGGAGUGCUAUGACAGCAGAGAGAACUGUUGGAGGACUGUGUGUGCAAUGCCUGUCGCCAUGGAGUUCCACAGUGCCGUGGAGUAUAGAGAGAAGAUCUAUGUCUUACAGGGAGAAUUUUUCCUCUUCUAUGAGCCUCAGAAAGACUACUGGGGGUUUCUAACCCCCAUGACGGUGCCUCGAAUCCAGGGCUUGGCUGCGGUGUACGAGGACUCCAUCUACUAUGUGGCGGGAACCAGUGGGAAUCACCAGCGCAUGUUCACCGUGGAGGCCUACAACAUUGAGCUGAACAAGUGGACCCGCAAGAAGGACUUCCCGUGCGAUCAGUCCAUCAACCCGUACCUCAAGCUGGUCCUCUUCCAGAAUAAACUUCACCUGUUUGUCCGAGCUACUCAAGUGACUGUGGAGGAGCACGUCUUCAGAACCAGCAGGAAGAACUCCCUGUACCAGUAUGAUGAGGCGGCCGACCAGUGGGUGAAGGUGUACGAGACUCCGGAUCGGCUCUGGGACCUGGGCCGGCACUUUGAGUGUGCUGUUGCCAAACUCUACCCUCAGUGUCUUCAGAAAGUGCUCUAGAGCAGCGGGCCUCGCAGCGUCUCUGGCCUCUGUCCCAAGAAGCGCUGUCUGUCUUUAAGAAAGCCGAGUUCUGUGCACAGAAAUAGGUGCUCCUAAGCUCACAACAUAGAGGGACUCGCUUUCGCUUUUCUGACGCGUUCAUUUCAGUAAGGUAAAGGUGACAAAGUGCAAUUAUCAGCGUUUUUCCCCCCUGGCAUUUAAGUAACCUGUCAUCCUAGAGUUUUGAGAUAGCCACUAAGGUACUAGAGGAGUCGAGGCAACUAUGCACUCCAUAAGCGCAGUUAGGGUGUCCCUGGGUGGAGAUGCACAGACCAGGUGGACCUGACUCUUUAUUUUAAAUACGGGUAACAAUCUGAGGCAAUAUCACUAGGAGUUGUUUAGCUGUGACCUCUAACACAGAAGCACUAACUUAGAUCCUCAUUCUUAAUAUUUAUAUGUAUUUACAUGUAUAUUUUUGUGUACUGUUUUCAAGUGGACUGAGAUUUAAAUGCGUUGUCACUAGAGCUGACUGAAGGAGAAACUUAGUCUCAGAGAGAACUUAUUGGUUCCACAGUUUCAUAUUUCCCACAUACCUUUAAGUUAAGCUAAAGUUUUAAGUGGCAGUUUUCUGUCAGAAACUUCUUCAAGUGCUAACACUGUCUCAUUUUUUUAAAUCCUGGAAAGGGCUCAAAUUGGCAGGUGGCUGGUGCUAGUAUAAAUUAAUCUGGGUGUGUAGCUAGCUACACAGUGUUUAAAUGGUCUGAGCCUGCGCUCUCCUUUGACAUGAAUACGUGAGUUUCUUGGCCGUAGUACUCUGUCGACCUCUUGUGAUUUCACAGGGUUUGCUAACUGUGAUAAGGUAUGGCCAGGUACUAACUGGAUUCAGUGGGAGAACAGUCAGACUGUUGUACCAAGUUUGCACUAACAGGGGCCAUUUUAUUGCCCUACCUCCUUUUCCAGCCUCUGCCUGUCCAGAUUGUCAGUCCAGUGAAAGUUAACUCAUAAUGUGAAGAUUUACAUCUACUUCUAAAAUUUUGUUUUUUCAGAAACAGAAAAUUCCUCCAGUGGUAUAAUAGUUUAAUGACUUUUAAAAUUUCAUAUUACAAUUACAACCUCAUCUUUUUCCUUUUGCACUUAACAGUAAUGAAUACUUUACAUCGAAAUACUCGUUCUAGCUGAAGGUGAUCAAGGAAGAGUGAGAGAACAGAACCAUGGCUAUUGGUACGAGGUCAUUUUUCACAUUAACUGAUGAAUUUCUAACAGUGAGUUAGGAAAUACUGACAUAAGGACAGACUUGUUUGUGUAUCUAAGACAAGUAUAUUUGGACUGGAACGUAUUCUUGACUCUGCCUAGAAUGUCUGAUAAAGGAUUUAAGUAUAGCCCAGUCUGUCCUCAGUCAGAACAGUUUGAUUUUCUUGAAGAAAGCAAACUUGCGUGGUUUGUAUUAAACACUCUUGCACAAACUGUAAUAUGAUACUGUGAAAACAAUUUAAAACAUUGCCUCUUUGCAUCACAUACCUCGUUUUUCAGAAACUUUCCAAACUGCUUUACAAAGACCUCUAUAAGUAGGGACAGUUUUCUGAAGUGGAAGUUCAAGUGGAUGGCCUUUGUAGACUUAACAUCUUAAAAUCUAGUCCUAGAAAGCUAGAUAUGUGGCUUUUAUUUAUUGGCUUCGACAGUGCAUCUGUGAUCUCUUUACAAGCGUUGUCGGCCAGUAUCUUACCCCACCCCCAGGUUUCUUGGUCUUUUAUUUUAUCUUUUGGUUAUUUCCAGUUUUGUUUUUUACAGUUUUACAUUGCUGAGGACAGGGGGAAAUACAACCAGUUCUGCAAGAGAUAACCAUGUAAUUAUUUUGCAAGCUUUGUUGAGUAUCUAAGAUUUUCUUCCGCUUUUUGACAAUCUUCUGUAUUUAGAAAAAUAUGUUACUUGAAAACGAGACAGAACGUUGAGUGUUUGUGUGCCGUAGGAUCCAGAAGAGAACAAAGCUGUGGUUCAUUCUACAGCAGAUUUAUUUUGUUGAUCUCUACAAUGGUUGAUCCUUUUGCUAUAACAGUUUAUAUCAAGGGUAUGAUCUAAGUGUAGUGUGUCAGGGCCAAGGCUUGGAAUUUGCUGGAGCAGCAGAAUACCUAUUGGAUUUUAUAUGAAGAACUGUUUAUGUUAUAUAGCGCAGAUGUUUUGCCACUGUUUAAAAUGGCUUCAGAAGAGGUCCUAGAAAACCUAGUGCUCUGUGUGGGUCAAUGUGUAGGCACUUGAUGGCACAUUUUCAUAGUAUGAUGAGAAUAUAAGUGAAAGACACAGUGGCUGCCACAGAUUAGGGGUAAGUCUGACGUGUCCCACUUUAGCUGUGUUUCUGCAUUUGAAGAAUGUAUGUAGCACUUUCCUAUGUAUUUUUAACACAUAGAAAACUGGACUUGGUGUAACUGUGUCAUAGGAAAGUAGAAAUUGUAUUCUUUAUUUUCCAUCUUUGUUUUCUGCUAUCUUACAAGUUGAUGCUUAAGCGUCAGGCAGAUUUCACUGGUGCAUGAGAAAAGGUGGAUGUGAUCUGUAAGGAAUCGGAUUCCCUGUGUGAAGCAGUGUAAUAUGGCAUUUGAUGUUCAGUGCUCAGGUAUGUAGUAAGUACUGUAGUCCUAUGGGGGCAAAUGUGUAGAUAUUUUUAAACAUUUUGCCGUAAUUGCACAAUUUUUUGCAUUUUUACCUGAUGUCAUUGUUUCUUAUAAUAAAACCUUUUCUGAUUAAAACUUCCAGUGUUGUAAUCUGACCUCCAAUGAGUGAGUUUUGCAGAGUUAAAAUUGUUGGAAGUCACGAAAUACCUCAUGUCAUGAUAGAUUUUAAUCUGUUAAAAACCUGGCCUUUGGUAGAGAAUGAAAUAAUCACUAUCAUUGUGUGUAAUGUUCUUUAAGUUCUAAAGAAGCUUGUUUAUCUCAGUAACUCCUGUGUUCUGACCUGAACUGUUCCUGUGUUUGACUCAUUCUCUUACACACGUCACAUGCAAUGUGUCAGAAGGUCCUGUGCUGUCCCCUCUCUCCAUGUCCACUACCUGCCACUCUCAUCCGGUCUAAGCCAGCCUGUCUUGUCUACAUAAUGCAGUUGCCCCUGAACCUGUCUUCCUCCUGCCAUCCCUGACCUCUUAUGGAAUUUCUCCACACAUAGUCUCGUGACCCUGUUAAAACGUAGGUCAGAUCAUGUCCCUCUUCUGCUCAGACUUCUCUAGUGGCUUCCCAUCCCCUUAUCUAUGAGAGCCAACUCCUUAUCUAUAUGGUCUGCGCCUCAACCCCGUCACCAUCCCCAGCUUAACUUGAUUCCAGCCACACUGAGGUGCGGCCUUGUUCUUGCUGCAUCUCCCUGACAACUCACCUUACUGACUUGUGUGCUAAAAUGUCACCUCAGCAGAAGGCCUUCCCUAAACACCUUAUUUUCCACCUCCUCCUACCCAUCCCACCUUCCUUCCCUGCUCUAUUUUUCAUGUCUUCCCCCAUUAAAAUGUCAGCUCCACAAAGGGGAAGAGCAUGUUUCAUUCUCCAUUGCACUUGAGAUCAUUGCCUGGUGCAGAGUUAGGUGCUCAGUACGUGUUUAAGGGAGAAAUGGAUUUUCCAAAAGAUCUCAGAGCACCCUGAGAGGUGGUAGGACCUGAACUGUCUGUGCUUCUUAUCCAGGGAGUGGAUGAGGUGGAACCUAGCUUCUCUCUGUUUCCCCCUCUGCACCUCCUUCCUGUCACUGUGUUACUACACUAUGCACAGAGGCUAAAGGUCACCUGAUGAGGGGUUGCCUGGGCCUGGAGCCAAGUUUUCCAUUUCUCCUCUG